GGAAACCGUCUCCCUUCUCAGCGCGAGGCCAAUGUGGAGUCAGUGGAUCGACUCGAGCGAGGCGGCGGACGCGACCGACCAGUUUCUGAAAGAAAGUUAAGACUCCGGCGUUGUUGCAAUCCCAGCGAGCUGAAAAAGGAAAGUCGGGAAAAAAAAAAGCAAAAACAGUUUUUCCGACGACUACAAUGAAGUCGCGAAAUAAGGGCACGGAUACCUGAGUUUUGUGAGCAGAACAAGGAGCUGGAUAUUAAGUUUGUGAAUAACGUUCCGAGAGGGGGGGUCGGCUCCUCUUCAUCCGGGGAUUUUUCCUAGUUAUCGAGUCUCGAACUCUGAUUUUUCGUCGGAUUUACGGUUUUAAAGAUGGCGGUUUGGAGCCAGGCGGCGGUCCGCGCGUUCGUGGCGUUUUUUCUUCUCCUCAGAUCCAGUUGUGGUCAAUACCACGGGGAGAAGGGGAUCUCGGUGCCAGAGCACGGUUUCUGCCAGCCCAUCUCCAUCCCUCUGUGCACGGACAUCCAGUACAACCAGACUAUCAUGCCAAACCUCUUGGGUCACACAAACCAAGAGGACGCUGGUUUGGAGGUGCACCAGUUCUACCCGCUGGUUAAAGUGCAGUGCUCUCCAGAUCUCAAGUUCUUCCUGUGCUCCAUGUACGCGCCUGUGUGCACCGUGCUGGAGCAGGCCAUCCCGCCGUGCCGCUCUCUCUGCGAGCGGGCACGCCAAGGCUGCGAGGCGCUCAUGAACAAGUUCGGCUUCCAGUGGCCCGAGCGACUGCGGUGCGAGAACUUCCCGGUGCACGGAGCAGGAGAGAUCUGCGUCGGGCAGAACACGUCAGACACGGGCAAGCCGACAUCGGAACCGACGCCAAACUUGGACCCCUAUAUCACGCCACGUCCCAACGAUCGUUAUGGUCACCCUUUCUCGUGCCCUCUUCAGCUCAGUGUGCCUUCCUACCUCAAUUAUAAAUUUCUGGGAGCCAAAGAUUGCGGGGCACCGUGUGAACACUCACAGCCACAUGGACUCAUGUACUUCAAAGAGGAAGAGGUGAAGUUCGGGCGCCUUUGGGUCGGGGUCUGGUCCAUUCUUUGCUGCCUAAGCACUCUUUUUACGGUCCUGACUUACCUUGUGGACAUGCGGCGAUUCCGUUACCCGGAGCGUCCUAUCAUCUUCCUGUCCGGCUGCUACUUCAUGGUGGCUGUGGCCUACGUCACCGGGUUCCUCUUAGAGGACCAGGUGGUUUGCAUUGGCAAGUUCGGGGAUAAUGGCUACAGAACCGUGGCACAGGGAACCAAAAAAGAGGGAUGCACCAUCUUGUUUAUGAUCCUCUACUUCUUUGGAAUGGCCAGCUCCAUCUGGUGGGUGAUCCUGUCUCUGACCUGGUUUCUCUCUGCUGGCAUGAAGUGGGGCCAUGAAGCCAUUGAGGCCAACUCGCAGUACUUCCACUUGGCAGCUUGGGCUGUACCCGCUGUGAAAACCAUCACGGUGCUGGCGCUUGGCCAAGUAGACGGUGACCUACUGACUGGGGUCUGUUUUGUAGGCAUCCACGACGUAGCGGCGCUGCGCGGCUUCGUCCUUGCGCCUCUUUUUGUCUACCUCUUCAUCGGGACGUCCUUUUUGUUGGCCGGCUUCGUGUCUCUCUUCCGCAUCCGCACCAUCAUGAAGCACGACGGCACCAAGACGGAGAAGCUGGAGAAGCUGAUGGUGCGCAUCGGAGUCUUCAGCGUGCUCUACACUGUCCCCGCGACCAUCGUCAUCGCGUGCUACUUCUACGAGCAGGCCUUCCGUGAGCAGUGGGAGAAGACGUGGCACAUGCAGACGUGCAAGCGCUUUGCCGUACCGUGUCCGGCCGCCGACUUCGCGCCCAUGUCCCCGGAUUUCACCGUCUUCAUGAUCAAGUACCUCAUGACCAUGAUCGUCGGGAUCACGUCCGGAUUCUGGAUCUGGUCCGGGAAGACGCUGCAGUCGUGGCGCAGGUUCUACAAGCGCCUGGGAAACGGACAGGGCGAGACGACCGUGUGAAUUCGGAUAAACGUUCAGGACUGACAGACAGCCUGACAGACACGUCUCAGAACUGCAGCGUGGAUUAAAGAAAAUCAGACUUCUCUGAUGUACGAUGCCUGCAGGAGGAUUUUGCUCAGAUAAUCCACCCACACCAAAAAAAAUCGCCUUGUGACACAAUACUUGAACUUUUGGCCCUGACUGUCUACACUUUUUUUUAUUUCUACAACUUUUGCAUGACUUCAGAAGGACUUUUUGUUUUUCCAAAAACGCUUUUUUUUUUUUUUUUUUAAA